AUGUGGCCUUUGAAAAAGAAGGAAGUCGAGGAUGACUGUAAAACUUUUGACCUGAGCAACAUGAAGAAUGGAAUUACCUGCCCUUAUAUCUUGGGGGAAGAAUCUGGAUUUGGGCAACACCGGGUGCCAAGGCCCUGCGUGUUGCUAGGCAACCGAGAAAAGCCGCCCCGCCUAGUUCUGGUCUUUGGCGCACUUCCUGUCUGCGACCCACUUCGGGUCUCCGGUCGCUUUGACUCCAGCGUUGUGGGGGAGGAUCUGGCCAGAGGGGUCUGCGAGCCAGAGGCUCAGGGCCCAGAGGUAGUCCCGCGGUUCCUGCUCACCCCUGCUUGUAGGGCCAGUAUUGGUCUCCUCGCCCAGUCAGGCUACACCCUUCGAGAUAAGAAUUUAAAGAAACUUCACAGAGCUGCCUCAGUCGGGGAUUUAGAGAAGGUGGAGUAUCUUCAGCUCAAGGAGCAUGAUGUGAACACGCGGGACAGAGAUCUCAGAACACCUUUGCACCUGGCCUGUGCUAAUGGAUAUUCAAAUACUGUCUCUCUUUUAACUGAGAAACAGUGCAAAGUAAAUGUCUGGGAUGGUGAGAACAGGUCUCCAUUGACUAAGGCAGUACCAUGUGACAGGGAGAGCUGUGCUACUAUUCUUCUAGAAUACAGUGCAGACCCCAAUCUGGUGGAUUUAGACGGCAACACUGCUCUUCAUUAUGCUGCCUGUUGUCAAAGUGUCUCAUUAGCUGCAAAACUGCUGAAACACAAAGCUAACCUUGAGGCUCAAAAUAAGAACAGCGCUUAUGAUUGCUCUCAGUGAUGAACCAACAAGUUUAGUCAAUCUUCUUCUUCAGCAAGAAGUGGACCUAUCUUGCCAAGAUAUUUAUGGAUUCACAGCUGAGGAAUAUGCGUCUUUCAAUGGUUUUACUAUAUAUCAUCAAUUAAUUGCUAAUAAUGAAAAGGAAAAAAAAGUUAAACAGAUAUCUAACUCUACAAACACAACCUUGGACAUGAUAUUCAAUACAGAAGAACUAGAGGAAGGGAAAUCAACCCUGAAUACUCAUUGAAAGGACUGAUGCUGAAACUAAAGCUCCCACACUUUGGCCAGGUGAUGCAAAGAGCCAACUCACUGGAAAAGACUUUGAUGCUGGCAAAGACAGAAAGCAAAACGAGAAGGCGACAGCAGAGGAUGAGAUGGUUAGAUAGCACGAUCAACACAAUGACGUGAAUCUGAGCAAACACCGGGAGGUGGUGAAGGACAGGGGAGCCUGCUCUGCUGCAGUCCAUGGGUUCCCAAAGAGUCCGACAAGACAGUGACUCAACAACAAUAAAGAUAAUUUUAUAAAAUCUG